CUACACCCCAAGCCUUCUUACACAAUCUAAUAUCUGACCAACAUAUAUAAAGAUCCGGAAGAUGGUGACCGUUUUUGGAUUUUUCCUGCUGCUAUUUUUUCCGGAACAUGUCCAUCUUCUUGUCUUGGUUGAUCCAUCACCGAUUUCUAAUGUGACUUAUGGAAAACCGUUCUUCUUUAACUGUACAUUUCCGUCGUAUUGGGAAGCAGCUACUCUUCAUAUCCCUGGAGAACAUGGCUUCAAGUUUGCCAUAUUUAAUGGCGGACAUUGUGGAGUUCCAUCAGACAGGCGGAAGAACUACAGCAUAGCUUGCCAUGGAGACACACUAACAUACGGGAUCCUGAAACCGGUGGACAGAACAACAUGGGGCUGUAAUUAUACUUACACCAAUAGCACGACAUCAACGAAAGAGGAGGAGCAUGGAAAAACCACAGUUAUUUUACAACCCGAUGAACCUGUUACAACUCUACAGAAAACUAACUACAUCAUCAGGGAAGGUGCCAAUUUAUCCAUUCCAUGUACAUUCACUGGUGCCCCAAUAUCCAAUGUCUCGUGGAAACACGACAAUUCAGUUAUAAAAUGGUCAGACCAAAACAAACCAUUACUUUUGAGUUUCCAGAAUGUCUCUAGAACUUCUGCAGGAAAUUACACCUGCACCGUGACCGUUAACUAUAAAGGGAUUUACUCCACAUUAGCAACAGUCACCUUAAUUGUCGAGUAUCCACCAACACUAAGAUCCAGUAACGACACCACGGUGGACGAAGGAACGGACACCGUGACACUUUUCUGUGACAUCGUAGUGGAUGGGUUUCCAAGAAACUACAGUAAUCUGCACUGGCAACACUGGCGCGAGAACCAGUUGAUAAGAGAACUAGAUUCUGAUGAUUCUCUUGUCAACCCAGAUGACAAUAGAUUUACUCUUACCUUGAACUCUGUUAGUUAUAAUGACACCGGAUGUUACACGUGUUCGAUGGGGAAUGGAGUUCCAAAUUUAGAAGGAAAGAUUAAUCAAACUGCUCAGUUGGAUGUGCUCAUAAAAGCUAUUCCACGAAUCCUUGAUCCGAAACCUGAAUACUAUGGCCAAGUUGGGAGGAGAUUUAAGUUAAAGUUUGAAUUAGUCGGACAUCCGGCACCUCAGUCCUCAAUCAUUGUCCUAGAGGGACAAGAAGUUAACAAGAUCAACAAAACGGAGGCAAAGGGACCAGUGCGUGUGGACAUUUAUAACAAAAUAGUCAAAAUCGAUGGAAUUAUCGUGGAUUUGGACUUCGGCAAAAUAGAAAACAGGUUUCGCACAAUAUACCAAUUAAUCGCUAAAAAUGCGAUGGGGAACGUAACUCAUACGUUUUUGGCAAAAGGACACGAUUUUCCUAGUAAACCUUUCCAUAUCCAUUUCAACGCAUUCGAAGGUUUUGCUUUACUUGAAUGGGAGACAAAGUAUCCUGAUAUUGACAUGAAGUACGAAGUCAUUCUAAAAAAUGACACCGGAAUCCAAGACAUCUUCAGAGUUCCAGGACAAAAUGCAAAAAUAUAUGAAUAUCGAUUGACAAACCUUUCUAUGUCCAAAGUUUAUAUUCUUCAAUUAUGCACAACAAAUGUCCUCGGGAAAAACUGCAGUUCCACAUUUAAAAUUAAAAUGGGCAGCAUUCUUUCCAGAGCUUUACAAGCCAAUCAGAGGCCGAUGUCAGACACAACCUUUGUUGCUCUCACUGUGGUUGGUGGAAUAGGACUUUUGUUCAUUUUGAUGUUAGUUCUGAUUGCCGUAAAUCAUCGAAGGAGAAGAAAACGUAAAAAUACUCCCUUCCUGGAAAGACAGAUUGCCUUGGGAAGAAACAGUUAUUCGAUGCAGAGACUUAACAGCGAAUUAGAAACCUCAGAAAAUGCAUGCAACUUAAGAGACGCUCAGCUUUCGGUUAACACGUACUUGACACCUAAUUGCAUGAAUUCCCCGAAUUCACCAUUACUUGGAUCGACUUGGAAGGGAAUGAAUAUGCAAGUGUGGAUGACCCGGAUAUCAUUAAACUGAGUACUCGUCAAAACCAAAAUGAUGGCACAUGUCACACAAAUGGUUGUGUACCCAUGAACGAAAAUUGUUCACCAAAUCCAAGACGAAGCAAUGAAUACUUGGCAAUGGACGAACAGACAAAAGGUUGCCUGAAGUCAAGCAGUUCAA